CUUUCUCCUUCACAUUGAUAAAAGAAGAGCCAUGAUCCCAUCAGAGGUUGCAGAAAUCAACUACCUUGUUUCUUCAGACAAUUUCAUGAUCAGCCCAUGUCCAUUUCCCUCUACUAACAUGACUGCACCACUCCAUUUCAGCAGUUUCUUGGGCGGGAACUUCCCCAUUGGUCAAGCAGCUUCUCCUCCUUUACACGGCUAUAACUCGACCUCAGAUGAAGCAGAUGAGCAGCAGACAUAUGUUGUUGAUGAGAGGAAGCAGAGGAGGAUGAUUUCCAACAGGGAGUCAGCAAGGAGAUCGAGGAUGAGAAAGCAGAAGCAUCUCGACGAACUUUGCUCGCAAGUCAUGCGAUUGAGGAUGGAGAACCAAAGCCUUGUUAACAAGUUAAACCAUGUGGCUGAGUGCCAUGAAAAGAUCCAGAAAGAGAAUGUUAGGCUCAAGGAAGAAACUUCUGGCCUUCGUCAGAUGAUUUCUGAUAUCAGAAUUGGCAGCCCUUUCUCUCUUUUGGUUGGGGAUCUUGACGAUGUUAACUGCAACACUGCUCAUCUCAGAGCAGAGUCAUCCAACCAAAGCAUGACAGCAUCGUCGAGUUUUCUUCACUGAGAAUCCUCCUAUUAGUUCCUUCUUUCAUUUUUAACUUUUUGGCGUAUGCUUUACGUGAUGUUCUCAUCUUGUAUCGAUGUAUCUGUAAGAGAUCAUAGUCUACUUGCGAAAAUAAUGACUGAUAAACUCUGUUCUUCUAA